AUGAGUAACCACAAGAAAAACUCGCUGGCUCCCAGCAAGAAACAACAGUCUGGCACGGCCCUGAAGAAGAGCAGCCUGCUCGCCGGAUCCCGUGGAAAUGGAAAGAAGCCUCAUGGACAAGGCUCCCAGCCAAUGGAUGCUUCCACUGGACAGCAGAACUACCAGACCUCAGGUCAAGGACAUGUUGACAUGGAACAAAGUUCAUUUAGCCAUAGCGCUUCCAUCGUGAGGCCAGACCACAGGAGUUGUGAACAAGACAGGAUUGCCCAGCAGGACAGGGUUGCACAAUGGGCAGCUAACAGUGCGACGAAUCCGGAUUCUGCUACGGGACAUGCUUUCCCAGGAUAUGACAGCGCCAGCUAUAGGAAUGACAUGCCUGUGACCAAUGUUGCACAUGAAACCCCAGGAGCUUUCCCUUUCCCAUAUUCUGAUAUGAUGCGAGAUCCUUCGCAGUUUUCCUCAAUGUACCAAUCUUAUGGAGUAGAGGAAACCUACCAUGAUAUGGGCGCUACCAGUGCUGGGCUCCAAUUUUCUGGAAUGGACAUGGCCUUUGAGAUGCCUCAGAGCCAUGCGUUUGAUAUGACACAACUCAUCCAAGGGGAACAACAUUACACUAAUGGCUCUCCCGUGAACAACCUGGCAUAUCAAAUAAUGACCACUGGUGGCUUUUUCCCAGGUCCAGCUGAAAUACACCCUCCCAUGGUGCUUGGAAACAACGAUGGUGGGUAUGCCUUGCCUGCCGAGUGGGACCAUCAAGUGAUGUAUCAAGAGAACGCCGUGGGCGUUUCUUUACCCUUGGAAUAUUCCCCUGCAUCAGGACUUGCACCCUCAAUGAGUUCCUCGUACUCGCAACAUAGUUUCUUGGGGCAGUUACCUGACACGCCAGUGUCCAUGGACUUGCAUGAGGAUUGGCCAGUUGGAGAAGCUGGAAUGAACGAAAACUUUCCACAUUUCAGUACUGGAGGCGCCAUGCAAAUCCAACCGGCUUUCAAUCUUCCAACAGAUUCAGAAAGGUUUGCAUUCCAAACGAAUGACGAUAAUCUUCUUCCUUCUGACUUCCCACUCAGUACUAUAAGGCCUAGCACUUCUUUCCAGCGGAUCCCUCUUCCCAUGGAUGCGUGGGUUGGACCCGAGAUGAUGGACCCGGCUUUUGGAUUUUCCUCAUAUCCUGGCAUGGAUGGAUCCCGACGUUCCAGUGACGGUGAGGCCGGUAGGAACGCGCGUGAGAAUCCUCUCUACAAAGCCGUCCCGCAAGAGGAUGGCCUGUAUCAUUGCCCCUUCGCGGCCACGGACGGCUGUUCCAAAUCACCAGAAAAGCUCAAGUGCAAUUACGACAAACAUCUGGACUCGCAUCUGAAACCCUAUCGCUGCAAGUCCAAUGAAUGUUCUGAUACCCAUUUCUCCUCGACUGCCUGUCUCCUACGCCACGAAAGGGAAGCCCACGGGAUGCAUGGACAUGGGGCCAAACCUUUUCUGUGCAAAUUCGAGGGGUGCGAGCGCGCCCACGAGAACCAUGGCUUUCCGCGCCGAUGGAAUUUACUUGAUCACAUGAAGAGAGUCCAUGGAUACUCUGGGUCAGAGCCAUCAAAUAACAGUGACUCACCAUCACCUUCGGAUAGCUCCUCACACAACUCCCACAAGGAUCCGACGAAUGGCCAGAGGAAAAGAAGGACUCCAAGUCCUACCGAGAACGUUGUAGCGAAACGGGCCAAGUUGGCCACUUCCAGAGCUGAUGGACAAGCUUCAACAAGCGGAUCCGGAUCCGUUGCGAUGGCAAUCCGUGAGCAGACGGGCCCCCAUCGAAGCCAGCAAUAUCCUCCGGAGGAGUUGCUGCUGCGUGAUCACCAGGUUCGAUUGGAAUCCCGGCUCAGGAAUCGCGAUUUCAGUGAUCCACAGGCCUUGAAGCAGUACCACGGGGACAAUGCCAUGUUUGAAAACCUUGCCAGGAAAGUUUACGGCCGCAAGUAA